GAAUCGACCCUGGGCAGGACCGGAGACCCCGCCGGCCGGUGUGGUGGUGGGUCCAGAACUGGAGGCCUGAGUCGGGUGGCAUUCUGGAGUGAGGCAGUGGGCUCUGCGACCCUGCAAGAUGGAGGGGGCAGAAGGCAACGCGGGGCAGCCCGGCCCUGCGGAGCGGUCCCACCGAAGUAGCGUCUCUUCAGUGGGUGCCCGAGCAGCCGAUGUCCUGGUGUACCUGGCGGAUGAUACAGUAGUGCCCCUGGCCGUGGAGAAUUUGUCCUCAAUCAGUGCCCAUGAGCUGCACCGCGCAGUCCGUGAAGUCCUGCAGCUCCCAGACGUGGCUUUGGAGGCCUUUGCACUCUGGCUCGUCUCCCCUCUCUUGGAGGUGCAAUUGAAACCCAAGCACCAGCCCUAUAAACUGGGCCGCCAGUGGCCGGAGCUGCUGCUGCGCUUCACCAACGCCUCCGAUGAUGAUGUCGCCAUGGAUGAGCCUUCCCUUCAGUUCCGAAGGAAUGUUUUUUUCCCAAGGCGCCGAGAGCUCCAGAUCCAUGAUGAGGAGGUCUUGCGGCUGCUCUAUGAGGAAGCCAAGGGCAAUGUGCUGACCGCUCGGUACCCUUGUGACUUGGAGGACUGCGAGGUGCUGGGUGGCCUUGUGUGCCGUGUGCAGCUUGGGCCCUACCAGCCUGGCCAGCCUGCCGCCUGCACUCUGAGAGAGAAGCUGGACUCCUUCCUCCCUGCCCACCUCUGCAAGCGAGGGCAUGGCCUCUUUGCUGCCUUCCGGGGCCGUGGGGCCAAGACUGGGCCAGGUGAGCAAGGCCUGCUGAAUGCCUACCGCCAGGUAAAGGAAGUGACAGGCAACAACAGUGAACGUGAGGCCACCUUGGGCUCCCACUACCGCGCAUACCUCCUCAAGUGCCACGAGCUGCCCUUCUACGGGUGUGCCUUCUUCCAUGGCGAGGUUGACAAGCCAGCCCAGGGCUUCUUGCAUCGAGGUGGGCGCAAACCAGUGACUGUGGCCAUCAGUCUGGAGGGUGUGCACGUCAUCGACAACAGGGAGAAGCAUGUGCUGCUGGGCCUGCGCUUUCAGGAGCUGUCGUGGGAUCACACUUCCCCUGAGGAGGAAGAGCCUGUCCUGUGGCUGGAGUUCGAUGGUGACAGUGAGGGCACGCCUGUCAACAAGCUGCUAAGGAUCUACUCCAAGCAGGCUGAGCUGAUGAGCGGCCUCAUUGAGUACUGCAUUGAGCUGAGCCAGGCUGCCGAGCCUACUCUUUCCCAGGAGAGUGCAUCCGGCCCUCACGAAGCUCCCAGCCCCUCUCCACCUCCCACCCAGCGCCCCAAGCUGCGAAGGCAGGGUAGCGUGGUGUGUAGCCGGAUUCAGCAUCUCUCUACCAUUGACUAUGUGGAAGACGGCAAGGGGAUCAAGCGGGUGAAACCAAAGCGAACCACCUCCUUCUUCAGCCGACAGCUCUCCUCCAGCCAGGGAAGCUACACCGUGGUGCAGCCCACCGACGACAGCCUGGAGCAGAGCUGAGGGAAGCCACGGCCAGCAGCAGGAGGACAUCUGGGUGCCCUAGACACAACCAGGCACAGCCCUAGGCAGGGCCAGGCCACACUCGUCUCAGAUGCUGUGGGCCUGGGUGGGGUGCUGUGCAGGGUCUGCUGGAGUUUCAGACCAUGGAAAACUGACAUCCAAGCCUUCCCUGAGCCUGGUGUGGGUAGAGCUGUGCUCCAGCCCUUUCUACAGCCUGCCUCUUCCUCUGCUCCAGGCUGGCAGCUGACAAACCCUGCUGCCCUCCUGCUCUUCCCCAAGUGCACUGGUCUUCCCUCUGGAGGGACUGCUGGCGGUUCCGAUGGCAGGUGACUGAAGGCAGAGCUUGGGACCUGCAAGUUCAGUGUUUGCCUUCGGUCAUGGGCCCUUGGUGACUUUAUCUUGCAUUCCUUCUGCUGACAUUCCACCAUGCUGGCCGGCCAGGCUGCCACCUUUUCCCCUAAGUUAUGUUGGAACUGGAGGGCACCUCUGCAGGCUAACCCCUUUCUUGUUGGCCUUUACUGAUGUCUCUGUGCUGAAUGGUGGCUCUCCUAGGAACCGGUUCCAUGCUGCACAUAGGAAAAGCCCUUACAUGUCCCUGGGCUGGAUUGGCUGUCCCAUACCAACCAGUUCCUUUGUUUUCCUGUGAUCUGGGUUUAAGGGUUAGAUUUUGCCUUGUCUCCUGUGCUCUGAGCUGAUAAAGCCUGGGGCGUGGCAACUCCGAAUUGCACUGCACUGUGGGAUUCCCUGAGGCCAGCCACAGCGGCUCAAGCCACCUCUCUCCGAAGGACAUCGCAAAGGCCUAUCUGUCCCCAGCUCUGCACCCCUGGCAGCCUUGACUGCUCCUGGGAAGAGCUAGUUCUGGGAGUGGAGCUGUCCUGGCCCUUAAGCCCUUUGUACUCCCUGGGAAUCCCCACUGGAUCCCAGAGACAUAGCUUAGCUUUGUCUUCUUGGUGGAAAGCCACAGAAAUGGAAACCAUCAUCUCUGAAAAUGAAACCAGUUUGCCUGCCAGUGAGCUCCAGAAGUUUUGGCAGCAGAGAGAAAGAAAAGGCUGACCUCACUAUAAGGCAUUGUCUGUAAGAUGAUGUCACCUGCCACUGUAGUUAACCCUUUAGGAGCCUUGUGUGUUCCCUGAGCUACCAGCCCACUCUUGGCAACCUUUAGGUCAUCUUGACUGCUGUUGAUGGCUUCAGAUCAUUAUGUGAGGGGCCCAGAUGCGUGUGCACAGGUACACAAACUCUACAUUUCCAUUUGAGCCUUUGAGUUUUUUAAUUACCACAUGUGCCUUAACCCUCUAGGACAGAGCACUGUUUUACUAAAUAAAUGUCUUGAGUGUUCCCAGUCUUUCCUAUCACUGGACUUAAUAAAAUCAUCACCUAGCACACUUUGGAAUGGUUAUAAUAUGGAAUAGCCAGAGUAUGGUAACCACACGUGUCCUGUGUGCCCAUGGUAUAGCCUCAGGUCUUCACCCCAGUAAAAUCUCAUCUGGUAGCUCCUGGGGACCGGUCUCCAGGUCUCCAUAGGAACCAGGUCUGGGAAGACUUGGGCUCACUUCUGUCUGGGAGGAACCUGUACUUCCCCCACUGCAAGCUGUGGCAGCAGCGAUGUUUGGAGCUUUGGCCCUAUGGAAUAAAGACCAGAGGUUGCAG